AUGGUCGAGGUCGAGACCAAAGAUGCGGGCGCAUCGGCUGUUCCUAUUGCGCCCGCAACACCCGCCGACACAUACGAUGCCUCUGUCGAACCUCCGUACGGGUGGGUGGUCUGCAUUGCCAUGCAUCUGAUCAACGGUUUCACUUGGGGCAUCCUUGCAUCGUACGGAGUCUAUCUAUCUUACUAUAUCAACCAUGAGACGUUCGCCGGAGCAUCGGACCUGGAUUUUGCAUUCGUUGGUGGCGUUAACUUCGCUACGGCGCUGCUCUGUGCGCCCGUCGUCAACAUGAUCAUUCGUGCGUUUGGGACCAAGGUCCCCAUGUUUUGCGGCUGCUUUCUUUUCUCAGGGGGCUUUGUGGCAGCCUCCUUCGCCACCAAAUUCUGGCACCUUAUUUUGAGCCAGGGCAUUCUUGUUGGGCUGGGAGUCGGGUUUGUUUGGCUGCCUUCCAUUCCCCUCGUGUCUGCGUGGUUCAACAGAAAUCGAAGCCUGGCACAGGGCAUUGCCGCCGCUGGGUCGGGAAUUGGUGGCACAAUCUUCUCUUCAGCCACCACCCCAAUGAUCAAGAACUUGUCCUUGGCCUGGUCCCUGCGGAUCACGGGCAUCGCUGCGUUUGCCGUCUUGUUUGUUGCCUCGGUGCUCAUGCGAGACCGAAACGCCACGAUCCGACCGCGAAUAAAGGCCUUUGACGUGGUCUUGCUGAAGAGGUAUCGAGUUUGGCUCCUGAUCGGAUACAGCUUCUUUUCUAUUCUCGGAUACAUUGUCUGCACCUACUCCAUGUCGGCAUUCGCGCUGUCACUUGGUCUUUCCCAGCAUCAGGGUGGCAUUGUCAUCACAGUACUCAAUGUCGGAGCCGCGGUUGGAAGGCCUUUUGUCGGGGUUCUUAGCGAUCGGUUCGGCAGAAUGACUGUUGCGUGUGGCUUGACUGCCGUCAAUACACUCAUGGUGUUCGCAGUCUGGAUCCCGACAACUUCAUAUGGCCUGCUUAUCUUCCUGUCGUUUGUGCUAGGAAUAACGAGUGGAAUAUACUGGGGGACAAUUGCGCCUCUUUGCGCAGAAGUCGUCGACCUCAAAGAACUUCCCUCGACGCUUGGGUUGAUGUGGCUAUCCGCUUCCAUGCCUGCUUUGUUUUCGGAGGCAAUUGCACUCGGAAUCCGCCAGCCAGACUCUCACAGGCCUUACCUGUGGCCACAAAUUUAUACCGGCUUGGCCUUCAUGAUUGCGAGCUUGUUUUUGUUAGAGCUUCGGAGACAAAAAUGGGGCUUGCUAGCCAGGGAAAAGCAUCGAUAA